AUGUCUGUGCGCAUGCACUCACAGCUGCACUGUCUCAGUUUGGCCCUCUGGCUCGUCUACCGCGGACAAGCUCUGAUUGUCUAUCCGAUCGUGGCCAAUAACACUUAUGUGUUGUCGCCUCAUGCUAAUGCGUGGUUCGGACCGCAGUUGAUUGGCCAGUUCGCCAGUAUGUUCCCCACUGUCAAUCUGGCCGCGCUGUUAGCUUCAUUCUCCACUGGACUCACACUGAAAGAUUUCGUGUCAUCGGAUAUGGCCAAUCGCAUAACCGGAUCGCAAGCAGCUCCUCCGAAUAAGCUCGAUCCGGAUCUGGAUGACCCCGAACACUUUUGGAUCAAUCUGUCCUACAUACACAAGGUCGAACUAAUCACGUGGCUCUUAAGACGCCGUCUUAUUAUCCAGGUUAGUCGUUUGUUUUUCCUAGCAGACUUUAUUCACAUCAAACGUCCCCAGGGCGAACAUCGUUGGGACUGA